UCGACGCCAGAAUUAGGAAAACAUCUGCGGCGACUGCGGUGCCAACCAUCAUGUACGCGCUCGUGAUUUUUCUGGCUCUUGGGCCUCAAUUGGGUCAAUUGUCCAUGAUACAGCAGGGUACUGGUCAAUGCUACGAUUCCAAGGACGAGUACUACCCGUUGAUGUCAACUCGCACGGCUUACGAAUUGAUCUACGGAAAUAUGACGAGACCUCCAGGUUGCGAGCCUAUGCAGAUUUGGGGCACUUUGCGCCACGGUACCAGAUACUUGAGAGAGAAAGAAACAGUACCACUGAGAAUACUCGCCAACCUGCAAGCUGAAAUAGUCAGGAAUUUUGAAAACGGACGCAGUAAACUAUGCGCCGAAGACGUGGAAAUAAUUAAAGGCUGGAAAUGGAACGAAGAGCAGAACGACAACGAGGACGUUCUGACGAAACAGGGAUACAAGGAGUUGUUCGAUUUGGCCAAGAGACUGCAAGCCUAUUACCCGGAACUUUUGCGCGUCGAUCCGGUCAACGUUAAUAGGAAAGAUUUCGAGCUGACGGCGACGACGACUCAACGUACUCAGGCCAGUUUAACUGCGUUCAUGGAAGGGUUGGCUGGCAACAUUUCGCUUCUGAGACCCGAAAUUCCUUUGGAAAAUGACACUUUAUUAUUGAUGCACAAGCACUGCCCGACGUGGAAGAGAACUUUCAAAGAGCAAAAUUUGUUUAUGGAGAGCGUUCUAUUCUCUAGAGGUCCCUUGUUCGAACAGGUGGAAAAAAAUGUUCAAGAACGUCUUGGCUUCGAGCAAAGCCUCAACUACAGUACGAUUUCCGCUAUGCAAGAAAUGUGUCGAUUCGAGCUAGCCUGGAACCCCCAAAACGUGUCUGCCUGGUGCACGGUCUUUAGCAAAAACGAUCUUAAAAUAUUCGAGUACAAGGACGAUUUGAACAAUUACUACUGCUGCGGUCCAGGACGAGCCAUGAGUACGAAGCUCGGCUGCGAGAUGAUGAGCAACAUGUACAGACAUUUCGAGGAUUUGGUGCGGUCGAAUUUCACGGGUCAGGCAAAAGGAGUAUUUUAUUUCACUCACACGGUCGCUCUGCGAGUUCUCAUGACGGCCUUGAAGAUGCACUUUAUGCCGGUGAACAUGACGUCGCAGAAUUUCGCGACGAUGCAAGAUCGCAUAUUCCGCAGCUCGCUGCAAGGCGCCUUUGCCGGCAACGUCAUCGCCGUCUUUUACAGGUGCUCCGGCCAGAACAAGGUCGUCUUUUACGUGUCGGAGAGGGUGCUCGAGUUUCCCGGAUGCGAUCGGGGCGUCUGCGACUGGGAGUACCUGAAGAAGCUCUACGCGCCCCAAGUGGCCGUGUGCAAUUUGGACUGGUGCUUUCAGAACGAGACCGAGAAGAACAUCUGGCUUUCGGGUAAAAGCGUGCCAUCCGGUCUAGGAGACGAUGAGCCGGAAAAAUCCACCACGAGAAAACCUCGACUUACCGAGGCUCCGACUACUCAAAUGCAUUUCAAUAUCAGCGACUAUGAGGCGAAAAAAUCUAGCUCAGGAAAGCCCCGACCUACCGAGGCUCCACCUGCUCAAGUGCCCGGUGGCGCUGAGAAAAUCCAAGUUGGAUUAGUCACUUUCUUGCUCACUGUACUAUUAGCUGCUCGUAACAACGUUUGA